AUGAGUAUUGCUCGACGAUUUGGUGCGCAGCAAGGGGCUCUCUGGAUCAAAACUGCUUAUGUACCUUACUGGUCGGAUGACUUGAAGGAGUACGUCUUUGAUGAGAACUACGGUGGCAAGACUUAUUGUACCGUAUCGAAUCAGAAUCUCGGUGUCACCCAGGACCAGACAAAACCCUCUACUAUCACGCUGUGCCCCAGCGCCUUCACAAACCCUCAAGCCACUGCAAACCUUGGAUCCAAAGCUCCUAAGGUACGCAUGUCAAUCGACAAGGUCCUGCCACAAAGUGGGACUUUCUACCACGAAUUGUUCCAUCUGGUCUGGGGGUCGGAAGAUAGUCCCGAUGUGGAAUUACCUAAAUGCUACUCGUGGAAGACUACGCAACUUUGGCUCGAAGAUUCACCAAACAUAAAACCCGGCGGUUACGAUGAAGACUACCAGCACCUGAUUCGUCGUAACCCUGAGUCAUAUCUCUGGUUCAGCGUGGGUUACUGGCUUUUCCUGCAGACUCAGUGGUCCGACUCCUCCAACCAAAGAUGGAGUUUUGAUACGGGAGUAGCUAGAUUGAUCUCAAUCUAG